UGGAUCUGUGUUCAGACACGGAAGCGGUAUUAGAACGGGAAUACUCUAGUGCAGUCGGGGUCCGGUUCUGUUACAUUGGUGGCAAGCGGUGGGAUUGUGCUUCCAAGCUGUGAACAUGUCCAAACCACCACCAGGAUUCAAGAUCAGGAAAGGAGACGUCGGUCACCCCAAUGGAGAUAUGGACCUGGCAUCAGAGUUCCCAGGGCUGCUGUGGAUCGUUCUUGCAACAUACCCCAGGACUGUGUCUGCAGAUCAGUAACUGGAGCUCAGGGAGCGGAUUUGGGAGGUGCUUUGGAGAGAAGCCCUCCAGGUUGCUGGUAUGGACAAGGGCAAGUGCUAUCCAACCCCAGGGGAAUGGGCCAGGGACCAUCGGAUGUUACGGAUGCCAUUCCUGGGAGAGCAACCCCAGAAGCAAUGGGUGACCGAGUUGGACAGGCUGGUCCAGCAGGAGAUAGAGCUGGACAACAGAUAUCUGGCUUUGCAAUG